AGUAUAUAAUAUUUUCUCAAGCCAUCCAAACAUCCCAACCCUAUUUAUUUCUGCGCAGCUGCCCAGCUUUCUCUCAUUAUCUUUCGUUGAAAUGUUUUCAUUAUAAAAUAUUAAUAUACUACAAUAUCACUUUUCCCCUUCCUCCUUCUAAACUUCCAUAUAUUUUGUGUUUUAUGAUGUUGAAUGAUGAUGAUAAAAUAACCAAUCUCCCUGUGUUAUUUUAUAGACACAAUUGUUAUUUCUGAGAACAUCAUACAAAGUCUAUAUUUUGAUUUUUGUUUGAUUUUAAGGGAAAACAUCUUGAUCCACAAGAUCUCUACUUAGCUUACUUUGAUUUUUUUUUUAGAACAUCAUACCCGAGUUCUCACAGAUUAUGACUUUAACUCAGGUUCUCAGAUACAUGAGAAUUCAGAUCCAUGGGUUCUCAGUCCCUCGGGCUUUAGCAUCAAUGAGGUGCUUGAUUAUUUGGCUUUUUAAUCCAUGGUUUACUAAUUUUUUAUUUAUUUAUUUAUUUAAUCUCAGGGCCCAGAUGAAAGCAGAACAGACGGCAGGUGAGAAUGUGCAUCUCAGGAUCAUUUGGAACGGUUCAUUCAUUAAGGGCGUUUUGGUUUGUGGUUUGAACUAGAAGCUUUGUUCCGAGGCUAGCUUUACUUCAUUUUUUUGGAUCUCGUAUACAUUGGAUCCACGUCUAUGACUUACACAAAAAUACGCACACGAUGCAUUCUAUAGAUAACGCCCACCUUUUUUGAGAAAUAUUUUUUCCCCAAAUUUUCUUUCCCAGCUCGAUUUUUUUAUUUUAGUAAUCUGAUAAAUAUUUCUUUUUUUUUCCUUUUUUUCAAAAAACUAAAUUGAUUUAUAAACUUUUAACUAACUUAAUUUUUUAUAGAAAACUAAUUUCAUCUAGACCGAAAAAAAAACUUAAUUUUUUAUUGAAAACCAAUUACAUUUUUUAACAACUUUAUUGAAAACAAUUUUCAUUUAGAAUUUUUAUUAACUAAGUUGUUCACAUUGUUUAGAGGGGUAAUUGGAUUGGGAUAAUAAUUGGACUUGUUUUAUUAAUUUGGUACUUAUAAACCCAUAAACCCAAUUCUGAUUGUUAACUCCAUUUCAUUUUCCAAUUUCUGUUUUCCCUCUCUUUCUCUCUCCUCUAACUACUUUUCUCUCUCUUCUUCAACCUCUAACUAAAUCCCAUUCUUGAUAGCUCUCUCUCUCUCUCUUCUCUCACACACUUCCAAGUUAAUCGUCCAUCAUCUGUUUCUCCCACGAUGUCAAAAAAUUCUAGCAGCGAUCCAAGUCCCUUGGAUAAAUCUCCUGAUGAAGGUGUUGAAGGUCGUAUUGGUGAUAGUAGUUUCAAUCACCAGUUGUCUUACGAUGAAGCUGCAGGGUUGGGUUCUAGUCUAAAUAUGGAUGUUGGUAGUAUUGGUGAUGGCUUCAUUGACGAGUUGUUGGCUGACGAUGAACUUUCAAGAAUGAUCGAGUCUGUAGAAGUUCCAGGUUUGGGUUCUAGUGGAGAUAUGGAUGUUGAUCAGAUUUUAUACAUGGAUACCCCUUCUACUGCUAUGCCCUCUGGUUCAUCUAGUCAAUUUGGAGUGCCUCCACAUGAAGGUGACAGGCAGAUGGUGGUAUUUUCUGGACCUCAGCUUUCGAACAUGAUGGUUUCUACUGAUGUGUAUGCUAAUGAUAUUACUGUUGUUCCUCGUUCUGGUUCCAGUUAUAGCAAUGUCGAGAAUGAUGCUGUAUUGUGCGGCUGUUACUAUCUCAACGAAGAUGUUAAUCGAAUUGUGAAUCAUCCUAUUCUAGGAACUCACUUGUAUCAUCGCAAUAAAGCUGCGAUUGUGCAAAAAAUCUCUAAAAUUAGAGUAAGUUGCAACAAAAAGAAGACCCCGACCCCAUGGGAAGAAAUUAGAUUGGAGAAAGGUCCACCUCCUACUGUCCCUAAUCCUCAAUUCUUACAUCGACAUCCUGAUGCUAAUCUGCCAGUGGAACAAUCUCCUCUGCGGGUAAGAGUGCCACAGCUUGCACCUUCACAACAUCCUCAUUGUAGCCAGGCCAGAGUGCCACAACAUGAACAAACACAACACUCAAUAGCUCAGCAGCAUGCACCAUCUGAUCUUCAAAGUAUGUUUGAUGCUAUGGAAACAAGGCUGGGAAAAAAACUAGAUGAUACAGAGUCCAGGCUUGGACAGAAAGUAGAUGAUGUUGUUGGAGCAAUGGAGUUGCGAUUGGGUAAGAGAGUUAACGACGUAGAUGACAAGGUGAAAGCAGUCAAGGAUCAUCUGAAACUUCCCUGAACUCUUGUUGGCUUAAGCUGUUUUUGUUCUGGUCCAUUUUAUCUUUUGUCAUUCAUUCUGUUGUCAUUUGAUGUUGUAAAGCUGAUUGUUUUGAACAAUUUUAUCAUGUCAUACUUCUGAUGCUGUAAAGCGGAUUGUUAAGAACAGAUGUUUUGUUGUUUUGAAACCAAACCAUGUUUACCGUUGAAUUGAGACAAUGUUUCGAUUUAAAAAAGUAAA